AUGCCUCAGCAACCGCCCGGCAAACAGCGAUCGGCCAACGCGUCAGUCUUCAAUGACCUCAUCGCAAAAGACGUGCUGCUGACUUGGCGACGCACAGCUGCAACACCUGUCGGCGUCGCAAGCCGUGUCGCAACUGCGUCAGGAAUAAGCUUGACUGUGAAUUUGGCGCGGGGCGACAGCGAUACUCUGAAGCGUAAGGACCCAAUUGACUUUUUCGCCCCGGGCGGUGUUUCAGUGGCUUUAGAGAACACUCUGGGAAUUGCACCUACAGAACCAACAGGCGAAGUACCACCGCCCCCAAGCUAUUCCUCAAUAGAACGCGCGCCUGGCCCUCUAUUCGAGCAGCGGGUCCGCAACCUGUUCCAUGAGAACUCUGGCAGAGACACGGGGUCCCCAGAACAAGACUCGCCAGAAAUGCGCACGACACAUGAUGAGCAACAAGACGCACCCUUUACUCCAGAAUGGACUUCAACAGAAGAGCUAAUCAGAGGCAUCCCGCCUCAAAUCAUGCCAGGGGAGGCAGAGUCAAAUCGACUCCUUGGUCUCUUCAAUGACUAUAUGAGCGGCAACCAGCAUUUCAUCGACCAGAGGACAUUUGCAGACAACCUGACGUUAUUAUUCCAGAAUCAGGCUACUCGAGCGAAGCAGAUGAAGACCCCAUGGUUCACACUGUACUUGUUGGUGAUGGCGAUGGGCAAGUUGAUGGAGGCGGACAGGAGGAUCUACGAUGGCCCGCCAGGAGCUUUCUAUUUCGCGGAAGCUAUGAAAAGGUUUCCGCCGCUCCAUAGUAUCAGCGAGUACGGCAUUGUGGGAGUCGAGAUAUUAUGUCUUGCGACAACAUAUCUGCAAUGGUGUGACAGGAAGAAGGACUCAUACUUCUUCGUCGGCACUGCUGUACGACUUGCUCUGACAUUGGGCUGCAACCUGCCUUUUGCCGAGCAGCAAUGUCUGCCUUCAGAAAGAGCCCACCGCACAAGGAUAUGGUGGACUGCGUACAUGCUCGACCAACGCAUAUCAGCAGGUCUGGGAUUGCCAGCAUCUGUUGAUGACCGCCAAAUUACGUUCGACCUUCCGGGACCAUCGCCUGGAUUUGAGUCGCCAGAGGCACUGAACAUCAACGUCCGGAUUGCCCGCGCCACUUCAGAGAUCAUGACUUCACUGUACAGCAAUGGCGGCCUAUCUCAGGGUGAUCUCAUUAAGAAGAUGCGCAACGUUCUUCAGUCAUUAUACGACACGGGCCGCUCUAUUCCACUAAACAUUGCAAUUGACUUCAAGAGCAAGGAGCUUGAGGUCACAAGAUCCGGUUCUUCGCUGUAUUUGAGGUUGUUCUCGGCAAUCAUCCUCUGCAUUCGACCGAUACUACUUCAGAAAGUCAAGGAUAAGGUGCAAGAUACCCAGAAGCAAAUCGUCACUCCCGCAAUCUCUCAGCUGUGUUUGCUUUGCAACGAGGCUGCAUUGAGGACUAUCCGCAUCUUGUACGCUAUGAAGAAGCAAGAUGAGAUUGCCCCCUUCGCAUUCUUUGAUUUGGACGCAGCAUUUUCAGCAGCGUUCGUGCUCAUCAUGCGAGGAUUCGCUCACAAGAACGACAGCCAAAAACCACCGCCUCAAGAAUUACAUCAAGCCGUGGAAGUCCUCGAGUAUCUUUCUGCAGCGGGCAAUAAUGCGGCUUCGCAUCGUCUAAAGGAGAUCAAGCAGCUAGAGGCACAUGUGUGGGGGUCGAGGUACUUCCCACCCGAAAAGGAUGGUGACGUGCAGAUGAAAGAUUCUGGAACACCCCACGGGGAACCCCACGCGGGAGGAUCCGGGGCUCAGGGAACUCCGGGGCAAUCUGGCGAGGGGUCGGGCUCGCAGGUUGUCUUGUCGCCGCCCGACCCGAGCCCCUCGACGCAACCGUCGUGGGAUGGCGAGAUGUUUGGCACCGAGUCGGCUGAGUCAUAUGAUCCUGACCAGCUGUUCGGUCUGGAUUUAAACGGAAGUCUGGGCCAGGAGUUCAGCCUGGAGGCCGAGGGUAUCUACGCCAGUUUCAACGACCCGACGCUUCCGCUUACCGGAGUCGAUCAACUGGACUGGGCCGAGCUGGAGAAGAUGAUGGCACCUGCCACCAAGCUCAUCCUCACUGAAGAGGCAGUCAAGUUUCUGGCAAUCAUCCACCGCAGUUUCGAGCCUACUCGCAGGAAACUCCUCAAGUUGAGGGAACAGCGCCAGAUCGAGACCGACCAGGGGAGGUUACCCGACUUCCUCCCCGAAACUAAGCACAUCCGCGAUGACAACAACUGGAAGGGCGCUGCGCCAGCGCCUGGUCUCGUUGAUCGCAGAGUUGAGAUUACUGGACCCACAGAUCGCAAGAUGGUUGUCAACGCACUCAACUCUGACGUUUGGGCUUACAUGGCGGAUUUUGAAGACUCAAAUGGACCUACUUGGGACAACAUGGUUCAGGGCCAGGCAAACUUGCACGAUGCUAUCCGUCGUCAGGUUGACUUCAAGUUAGGCGAGAAAGAGUACAAGCUCAGAACUGAUCGUACUUUGCCCACUUUAAUUUGCCGAACCCGGGGUUGGCAUCUGGACGAGAAGCAUUUCACCGUUGACGGAGAUGCUAUGUCUGGAGCUCUCUUCGAUUUCGGGCUGUAUUUCUUCCACAACGCCAAGGAAUUGAUUUCAAGAGGAACUGGUCCUUACUUUUACUUGCCGAAAAUGGAGUCGCAUCUCGAGGCUAGAUUGUGGAAUGACGUUUUCAACAUGGCUCAGGAUUACAUCGGCAUUCCCCGGGGAACAAUCAGAGCCACUGUUUUGAUUGAGACUAUCAGCGCGGCUUUUGAGAUGGAUGAGAUCAUCUACGAGCUUAGAGACCACAGCUCCGGCCUCAACUGCGGCAGAUGGGAUUACAUCUUCACCUUUAUCAAGCGCUUCCGUAACCGCCCCGGCUUCAUCCUCCCCGAUCGCGCCGACGUCACCAUGACCGUCCCCUUCAUGGACGCGUACGUCAAGCUCCUGAUUAGCACAUGCCAUCGCCGUGGCGUUCACGCAAUGGGCGGCAUGGCUGCCCUCAUCCCACGCAAGGACGAUCCCGCUGCCAACGCCAAGGCGAUGGAGAGCGUCCGCGCGGACAAGCUUCGAGAAGUCAAGGCCGGUCACGACGGUACCUGGGUCGCGCACCCCGCGCUUGCAUCCAUCGCGAGCGAAGUUUUCAACGAGCAUAUGCCCACUGCCAACCAGAUCUUCGUCAGGCCAGAGGUGAACGUUACGAGAGACGACUUGCUCAACUCAGUUGUUCCUGGAAAGAUCACGGACGAUGGUGUGAAGAAGAACUUGCACAUUUGCUUGGCUUACAUGGAGGGCUGGCUGCGCGGUGUUGGUUGCAGCGCCAUCAACUACUUGAUGGAGGACGCUGCUACUGCCGAAGUGUCUCGAACACAAUUGUGGCAAUGGGUCAAGCACGGCGUGAGCACCGCUGAAGGAACCAAGCUCGACAAGACCUACGUGCUUGGCACCCUCGACCAACUCACAAAAGAGCUGGCUGCUUCUGCACCUGCGAACAACAAGUUUGAGCUCGCUGCUAAGUACUUGAGGCCGCAAGUGACAGGCGAGGACUAUGCCAGUUUCGUCACAACUCUUUUGUAUGACGAGAUUACAUCAAUCUCUCCCUCAGGAAAAUUGUAA